UAAUAAGCAACUAGUGCUAAUUAAUAUAAUUAAGGUUCUCUUCUUUCUUCUUGUCAACAAUUUCCCCCCUAAUAAUUUUUUCUUAACUUUCAUUAAUUACCAUGUGGGGAAAGUUGUUGAUGAAAUCCUUAGGGAAAUGGCUUCAAAACCUUAUUGUUAAAUCAAAGAGUAGUGAUGAAGAGAAUUGCAAUGCUUGCUUAGGAGAAAGCAAAGAAUGCAAUAAUUGUGUCCACACCAAUAAUAAUAAUAAUAAUAAUAAUAAUAAUAAUAAUAAUAUUGAAGAAGGAGUCACCAAUAUGAUGGACACAAAAAAUGAUGCUGAUGAUGAUGAGGCCAAUAGCUCUUUUGCUCAUGCUGUCAUCAACAUGGUGGGGAUGCUCAUAGGUUUGGGACAAUUAUCAACUCCAUAUGGUGUGGAACAAGGUGGUUGGGCAUAUUCCUCAACCUUACUCAUAGGGCUUGGAAUCAUGUGCACUUACACUUCUCACAUCCUCGGCAAAUGCCUUCGCAGAUAUCCGACGAAGCUAAGAAGCUACGCGGAUAUCGGCGGCCAAGCGUUCGGAUCGAAAGGAAGGAUACUAGUCUCUACCUUCAUAUAUAUGGAGAUCUUUAUGGCUCUCAUCUCCUACACUAUUUCGCUACACGACAAUUUGAUAACUGUUUUUUUAGGAACUACUUUGAAACUUAACCUGGCGAAGUUGUCAACUUCGCAAUUACUAACUAUUGUGGCUGUGUUCAUUGCUCUCCCUACAAUGUGGAUAAGAGACCUUUCUUCCAUUUCGUUUCUUUCCACCCUUGGGAUUCUCAUGUCCGUCGUCAUUUUCGUGUCGAUGGCGGCCACCGCCGUUUUCGGAGGUGUUCUGACUAAUCAUAGCAUACCGGUUUUUCAGAUGCGUAAUAUUCCUUCAAUUUCUGGGCUUUUUCUUUUCAGCUAUGGAGGACACAUUGUUUUCCCUAAUAUAUAUAAAGCUAUGAAAGACCCUUCAAAGUUUACCAAGGUAUCCAUUGUGAGCUUCACAAUUGUGACAGCACUAUAUAUGAUAAUUGGGUUCCUAGGUGCAAAGAUGUUUGGGCCUAAUGUUAACUCUCAAUUCACUCUAAGCAUGCCACCAAAGCAAAUCAUUACAAAGAUUGCUCUAUGGGCUACAGUGUUAACCCCCAUGACCAAAUAUGCCCUUGAAUUUGCACCUUUUGCAAUACACUUAGAGCAUAGGCUUCCAAGUUCAAUGAGUGGAAGGACAAAAAUGGUAAUUAGGGGUUGUGCUGGUUCAAUCUUCCUUUUGAUCAUUCUUGCACUUGCUCUUUCAGUCCCAUAUUUUGAGCAUGUACUUAGCCUCACUGGAUCUCUAGUUAGUGCAGCAGUUUGUUUGAUUUUGCCAUGUUCUUUCUAUCUCAAGAUCUUUUGGGGUCAAAUUGCAAAGCCCCUUUUGCUCCUAAACUUUUUCCUCAUCAUAUUAGGGUUCUUUCUUGGGGUGAUGGGUACUAUUUCCUCAUCAAGAUCAUUGGUGGAGAGUUUUCAAGCACAUCAUUCUAGCUGAAGGAAGGAUUUUAUGAAACUAUAUAAGGAGAUGUCUUGUUUCUAUUUUUAUUUUCAGUGUUUUUGUUUUAAGGAUCUUUUGACAAAAGUAAAGGUCAAAAUAAAAUUAAUAGAUUCUCAUUGUCUUGUUUUAUUU